AUGGGCAAACGCUCCAAAGCCGCAAAACCCAAAUCCGCCCCCAAAGAAAAACUCUCACAAACCUUCAACUGCCUCUUCUGCAACCAAGACAACUCCGUCAUCUGCAAACUGGAUAAAAAAGCGAAUGUUGGAACGAUCCGGUGUACGAAUUGUCAUCAGGCAUUUCAGACUGGGAUUACGCAUUUGAGUGAUGCGGUUGAUGUUUAUAGUGAUUGGAUUGAUGCGUGCGAUGAAGUUAAUAAGGAAGGCGGUGGAGGUGGGUUUGCACGGAGGGAUAGUUUGGAUGGGUAUGAUGAGGAGGAGUUAGAGGGGUAA